CCUCAUUAUCCAUCUGCUUAGUUCCGAGCAUCUUUCUCCCUCUCUCUCUCUCUCUCUCUAAGUCUUGGAUUGAAAGGACAAGUCUUAGCUGGCUCUCUUUAGAAUAACGCGUUUUUCCCUUUGUCCCCACACGUUUUCCCAUCUUUCUCUUCUCUCCUUUGCAAAAUCCAGAAGAGUUUUUAGUAGAGUUUUUAACCCUUCUCUCUCUCUCUCCUCUCCCCAUAUUGCCACCUCACUCUUUUCUUACAAUUCAAGUUUCUUUCAUCCUUUCUUGAUCACUCAUCACUUGCCUUGUUUUGGAAAGAUUCCUCCUUCUUUUUUCUUUACCAAUUGUGGCCUGUUUCUUGAUAAGUGAUCACUUGCCUUGUUGUUUUGGGUUCUUGGUAUUCCUAUAUAAAGAUAAAGAUUCCAUCUUUUUCAUCAAUUUUAAUUGGGGACUUGUUUCUUGAUCAGUGAUCACUUUGCCUUGUUGUUUUGAGUUCUUGGUCAUCGUAUAUAAAGAUAAAGAUUCUAUCUUUUUCAUCAAAUUUAACUUGGGACUUGUUUUUAUGGCAUAUCAGAUGAGCCCAAGUGGUAGUAGUGGUGGUGGGUCGGGUUCUCCUUUUGCGGGUCGGGGCCCAUAUGGGGUUGGUGAUACGACUUAUACUAAGGUUUUUGUUGGUGGGUUGGCUUGGGAAACAAAGAGUGAUUCUCUGCGCCGUUAUUUUGAGCAGUUUGGUGAUAUUAUUGAAGCUGUUGUUAUUACUGAUAAGCAUACUGGUCGCUCCAAAGGCUAUGGCUUUGUGACAUUCCAUGAUCCUGAAGCGGCGUGGAGGGCUUGUGCCAAUCCUAAUCCAAUCAUUGAUGGUAGAAGGGCUAAUUGCAACUUAGCUUCACUUGGGCGACCUCAAGGACUCUUACCUUAUGGACGUUUGAGAUCGCCAAUGCCCUACAUGGGAAAUCAACAAGCCCCGAGGGGUAUGUAUAUGGGGAGCCCCUAUUACCAGCUACCAGUUCCUUACAGCUAUCAGCCUGGAUUCUCAUAUCCUCCAUUUAGGUUUCCUGCAUAUGGGCCAGACUACGUUUACCCACAGAUGUAUGGGGUACCAAGUAGUGUUGGCACAAAUGCAUUGCAAUAUGGCCAACUUGGUGUGCAACCUGGUGGUCCUGCGUAUGCGUUUCGUGGUCAUGUGAUGCCAGGUCCUCAGAUGUUUCAAUAUCAGAGACCUAAUACUAGCGGAAAUACGACAGACAAUGCUCCUCUGUUGCAGCUACCAUAUCAUUCAGUGAAGGUGCUUGAUCACCCCAUUUCUUCAGGCAUCAGUAUGCCGUCUCCCCGCCAGUCGCAGACUGCAGUACAAGCUCGCCCACCACAAUUCACUCAGAGCAGUGGCUCUGACCAAAUGGCAGGUUGAAUGGUUUAACUGGAUGUAUUAUGGAUGAAUUCAAGGAAUUGGCUCGCUGUUAUUUGUGUGGUAGACUUGGAACAUGACCUUGAACGUCAGAUGGGAGGCAAACAGAGGUCUUCCAAAGUCAUGGCCACCAAGAACUCGAGGGAAUCACUUGUAAGAUACCAAGCAAUUCAGAUAACCAUAUCAGAAAUGAGCAAGUGCCUGGACCGCUCUUUCGCAGUCUGUAUAUACAAUCCUGCCAGGACUUCAAGCACUGAUUCAUUUAAGUAUAUAAUUCAAUUGAUUGCGGGAAGAUGGUCUCCGCAAUCAAGUUUAGGAGAAUCAAAAUAUGAUUCUUUAUAUAGACCUGUGUCAUCCUGGUCUAUAGGUGUACACUUCUCUUCGAUGUCCAUUUGAUGUGUGCUGUCUUUUAUUUAUUUUUCUUUUUGGUGGUCCGAUCUCCUUAGGCUAGGGGAUCAUAUCCAGGUCUUCGCCUUCACCUAUGAACUACUAUUUUCUAGGACCUAUUCCUUUUCACUUUUAUGUUUUUCAAUCUAUUACAGUGUGUGGGGUUCCUUAGGAAAAUAGGAAAAUAAAGGAGGUCCAAAGGAAGGAAAACAGGGCUGUUUUCGGGUACCGGAGAAGGUCUCUGGUGCAAAAAUCUCGUGCGAUUAUAUGAGCCACCUGCGCAGGUUUGCUUGGAGCAUGUGGCUGCUGCUUGAUGUAGUUGCCUAGUUUUGCUCCUUCGGUUGGUAUCUGUCAUUGUGUGCAAUAGUAGUUAGUAAUAAUGUGUCUUGGUUUCUCGGUCAGUUCCAUUGUGGAACAAUAUCAGUGGAUGAAUAUUCAUCCUAGAUAGUCAUUUUUCUAGGCUUGCUUUGUAGUUGUGAGUAAAUGGUAGACCAGUAAUCUGAUAAUUUCAGGUGCAACAAAUAGUAUUUGGGAGAUUUCCCCUCUUAUGGUCAGUGAUAGUGUCACGUCAAUGUAGGUAUAUAGUAGGAAUCUUGAUAUAAUGGGAUAAGUUUGUAAGUUGAGAAUACAAAUGGAUAUCCAAACAUCAAGAUAUUUCAUAACAAUGUUCCUUGAAUAUUCAUGAUUAAAAGGGAUGUCUCAACGGAACUCUAUUGCGAGAAAA